AUGCAAACUGAAGUGGAGGUUGAUUCAGUUUUCAAUCUGUGCAACAUCAGAGGUAAAGAGGAACCCGAAGAGCGUGAGGUGGAUAAGGUGAUGUACCAUUACUGGCGACUGGUGCCCAAACAUGAAGAAGAGGUCUUCAAAUGCUGUGAACCUGUCCCUGAGCCUUCUGUGCCUUAUGUGAGAUACCCGCCUCUCCUGCGUGCGAUGAUCCUGGCCCAGCAAGCCAAGCAGCUGGGUCUAGAUACCAGCACUAUCCCAGAACCCACUCUUCCAUUGAAACUGGAUGUCCUGCUCAAUCAUGUGUACUUCAGGAGUCAGGAUGAGAAGAAGAUACAGGAGGGUACACCUGUCUGAUGCUGAGGUCCACUUCAGAGGGGUCGAGGUCAUGGUGAAGAAAUCUGAGUUGCAGUGGUCUUGAUGAACAGUUGAAAACAUGCUUCUUUUGUUCCUAAUUUGAUAGGCACUGCUUGAUGGUCAAAGACUAGUUUGUGUUUUAAUGUUUUGGUAAGACAAAAUAUAGCCUUAAGUAUUCAUCUGUCUUGCUGGGAUCAUGUGGCUAAUGACGGCAUGGAGAAAAAAAAGAGGUAUCUUUGGACAUGUGACCAAUCCCAAAUGGACAAUCCUCUGGAAAGACUGUUUUUAUUUUUGUCGUCAAGUUAAUAUCUGUGUGAUAUUCUAUAUCACAUAUAGAUUUACAUUAUGUGAGCUAAAUAUGAAGUUGUAUGCAUUAUUUGCAGAUAUAGAUUAAAAAUGGGUCAACUGAAUUUGGUCUAAAUUUGAAAAUGAAUUGUCCCACAAUUAUGCGUAAUGUCAAUG